AUGUCCUCGAGGCGAGCCAUUUACGUGAACCCCGCCGCCGCAGGCGAGGGCUGUGAACCUCUUCCGGCCGUGGGUGUUGCGAAAUUCCACCAGUCGCUCCCCAAUUAUGCUCCAACCUCCCUUGUUUCCUUGCCAGAGCUUGCGACCGAACUGGGAGUGCGAUCAGUCUUCGUCAAAGAUGAGAGUAACCGAUUUGGCCUGCCCUCUUUCAAAGUCCUCGGCGCAUCGUGGGGUUGUUUCCGUGCGAUUGUGGACAAGCUCGGGUUGCCAACAACGGUGACUCUGGAAGAGUUAUCUACGCAAGCGAAAUCGCAGUCGAUCACCCUUGUCGCAGCGACGGAGGGAAACCAUGGGCGGGCAGUCGCUUUCAUGGCCCGGCUGCUAGGCAUCGAAUCAGUGAUAUUUGUUCCACGCUCGAUGGACAACUUCACACAGGGCCGUAUUGCAGGCGAGGGCGCCCAAGUGGUCAUUGUCCAAGGAUGCUAUGAUCAAGCUGUCCAGGAAGCAUCGGAGAAAGCGCAGCAGAGGAAGGAAAUUCUUCUUAUCCAAGAUACUGCUUUUGAAGGGUAUGAAGAUGUUCCGGCAUGGAUUGUGGAAGGUUAUUCCACGAUGAUGGACGAAGUUGGAGAACAGCUUUCUCAACUGGGCCUCUCAGCGAAUGUCAUGGUGACGCCCGUCGGGGUUGGAAGCCUUGCACAUGCAGUUGCAAGGUACUGCAAGUCCAGAGCCUCCCCGAUCUCAGUCAUCGCAGUUGAGCCGGACUCGGCUCCCUGCUUGUCAUCGAGUCUACGUGCAGGGAAGCCUGUCUCUGUGCGAACCUCGUCUACUAUCAUGGAUGGCAUGAACUGUGGAACUGUCUCAUCCACCGCCUGGCCAGAUCUGCAGCGCCUUGUCGAUGCCGCUGUUACAGUCUCAUCCCAUGAAAGUCAUAUCGCGGUUCAGUUUCUCAAUUCCAAUUCAGUGGCGGCUGGUCCCUGUGGUGGUGGACCUCUCGCUGCACUGCAUCGGAUAGCCUCGGAACAAGGAGCAUCUUCAAUACUCACUGAGGAUUCUGUUGUUGUUCUACUCAGCACUGAAGGUGCUCGAAUGUACCAGGUCCCUCGAGAUGUGUCCGCCGAAGAUGCAGUCACUCUCACGCAGGCACUCACUCAGAUAAACUCUUCGAACCCUACCUUAUCUGUGACUGAUGGUGUUGGGGAGAGUGAAAUUGCUGAUUUUAUUUCAGCAUGGCUUGCUCACCGAGAUAUCGAAUUUCAUCGCGUAGAGCCCACCGCCGGACGCCCGUCUGUUGUGGCUAUUCUCCGCGGAAGUGGUGGGGGCAAGUCGAUUAUGUUCAACGGCCAUACCGAUACCGUCACGCUUUCUAGCUACGAUAAGGAUCCCCUCUCCGGAGCAUUGGGAAUGAAAGAUGGCCGGGAGGUCGUUUUUGGAAGAGGAAGUUUAGAUAUGAAAGGUGGUUUAGCAGCGGCCCUCGCCGCGCUUGCCACCAUUAAGGGCAGUGGCCAAGUCCUCCGGGGAGAUAUUAUUGUCGCUGCUGUGUCUGAUGAAGAGGAUAAGUCCCUAGGCACACAAGAUAUCCUGGCUGCUGGCUGGCGAGCUGAUGCAGCGGUUGUUGCUGAGCCGACAAUGAACGCGAUAGUGACAGCACACAAGGGCUUUGUGUGGGUGGAAGUGGACAUACUCGGAGUUGCUGCCCACGGUUCGGAUCCACUAGCUGGUCGGGAUGCGAUUCUACAUACUGGCUGGUUCCUGAACGCCCUUGAAUCCUAUCAAGCAAACCUUCCUGUGGAUAACCUUCUAGGCCAGGCGUCUAUGCACUGUUCAUUGAUCCAGGGAGGCGAAGAGCCGUCUUCAUAUCCUGGGAAAUGUACGAUCACAAUCGAGUUCCGAACAAUUCCAGCCCAAACAGGAGAAUCAAUCAUGACCGAUAUCUCUGAAAUACUUCGCAACAUCGCGAGAGAAAAAUCACAUUUCCAAUACGAAGAACCUCGUGUUACGAUGACCCGCCCGACGCAGAAGCUUGCGAUAGAUCAUCCUCUUGUUGAAAAGGCUUUGGAAUGUGCAACUACGGCAUUCGAAAUCAAACCGACAGUUCAAAGCGUUCCAUUCUGGUGCGAUGCUGCAUUGUUAAGCGAGGCCGGAGUCCCAUCAAUUGUGCUUGGGCCGGUUGGCGCUGGUCUACACAGCAAGGAGGAAUGGGUCGAUGUUAAAAGCUUGCAGCAGAUUCAGGAGGCCUUUACGCUUCUGGCUCAAGAUUUCUGUUCCUAA